AUGACGGUGAAGUUUACCGACGACAAGAUAAACGAUGCUUACAUCGAAGCGACAGUGGAGGGAUACAGCUCGUACGAGUUGGCAAAGACGGCGGUGUUGACGGUGACGGAGGCAGAGACAGAGCAAGAUACGAGCUGCAGCGCGCGGGUGGCCACGACAGAGCCUAGUGUUGGCACAUACGCCGGAGAAUUCGACAGCGAUCAGCGGCUGUUGACCUUUACCUUCCCUGCCCCGACGCUUCGCUCCAAACUCUGUGUCGUCAACCGCAUCACCGAGCUCUUCACCGACGUCGUUAGCCUAGGGCAGGCCCCUUUACCCACGCGGCCUGAGAAGGUCACCGCGGAGGAAGCCCGCUGUUCUUUGGCUCCUAAGGGAGAUUGCGUCAUCGGCCUCUACCCGGAUGCACUUACGAUUGACCAGCCCUGGCCAGCGUUUUACCCGAACAACGUCGGUGUGAAACUGCUGAGAGGCAAGGUGUCGUGCCCUCUUGAUCCUUCGGAUCCCGCCUAUGACGUCUUCGAGGGGGACCCGACGGACACUGUGGCGUUGCUGGCGGCCAACGCGGUGCCGAUGACUUUGACGCAUGCAGACUCUCUCAAGCUGAUGUUUUCCGUGGAACAAAAGCUCAAACGAUGGGUUGCUGACGUCGAAGUUGCCACCAUCUGCAUGACUCAAGAGGGGCUGAAGAACCCGACGAAGAGUUGCUGGGAAAGCGAUCGAUGCACUCAGCGUAUUGGCUACAUGCGCUGGAUAGGUAAGGAUGCAUACCCAACCGAGAGCGCCGCAUUCGAGCAGGAUUGCGUGCAGAAAGUCUCAGGGGAAGGGAGCUUGCCUCUUGUGGGUGCUUUUUCGAGCGUUGACCUCUCUUUGCCUUCGGACCACGAAAGCCUGUUGCAGAUAUCUUCCGAAGCGCGUCGGCGCCGUCGUUCGUGUGGGCGCAAGUACAUGCAGCUUCGGAAAGUCUCAGGGGAAGGGAGCUUGCCUCUUGUGGGUGCCUUUUCGAGCGUUGACCUCUCUUUGCCUUCGGACCACGAAAGCCUGUUGCAGAUAUCUUCCGAAGCGCGCGUGCAGGACGCAUCGGCCUCCUUGCUGGAGGACACGGAAGGGCCCGCACAGGAACAGCGGGGUCCACCCACAACAUGCUGGACCACACCGUCUCCGUUGGCCAUGCCCUCUUUCUUCCCCGGCCAUCCUUAA